CAGCAACACACACUCUCUGGACAGAGUCCUACAAUUUGUGGUUGCCUCUUUCAAUUCCGUGGACCAUUUGCUCUGAGGUAGGAGAUGGAGACAGGCGUGAGAGUCUCAGUUGUCUCCAAGGUCUGACUGUGAGGAUUUUCCUGCUAGUUACGGCUCACGAAACUCCAUCCUUAGUCACAAAUCCAGCUGGAGAAAGCAGCAAAGAAAAAACAGAAGAGAGAGGCUUGGUACAGACAGGAGCAGCACUGGCAGCAGAGAAAGAAAGCAGGUGACCUCGGGUCUUAACAGAAGAACAGCCAUGCGCUGCACCACACUGCUGUGCAUCCUGGCAGGUGUGCUGGCCUACCUGGUCAUGGGAGCACUGGUGUUUCACUACUUAGAAACCCCGUAUGAGGAAGGAGUCCACAUCAAGCUUCUGGAUACCAGGCGGGAAUUCCUGGACAAUUAUACUUGUGUGAGCCCUGAUAUGCUCCAAGCACUGAUAGAGAAGGUUACAGAUGCCAUUGGGGCUGGGGUCGACCCAAAGAACAAUGACACGUUCAGCAGCAGCUGGGACCUUGCCAGCGCUUUCUUCUUCUCUGGCACUAUCAUUACCACCAUUGGUUAUGGGAACAUCUCCCCAAAGACACAGUGGGGUCAGCUGUUCUGUAUCUGCUACGCCCUGGUGGGGAUCCCUAUGUUUGGGUUCUUGCUUGCUGGAGUGGGGGACCAUUUAGGAACUGGGCUGAGGAAUGCUAUUGCCAAGAUUGAGAUGCUCUUCCUGAAGUGGAAAGUGAGUGCAACUAUUGUUCGCAUCAUCACCGCUGUGCUGUCCAUCCUGCUGGGCUGCGUACUCUUUGUCUUUGUGCCCACUCUAAUCUUCCAGGAAAUCGAGAGCUGGUCUUUGCUUGAAUCCGCCUACUUUGUAGUCAUCACGCUCACCACUGUGGGUUUUGGGGACUAUGUGGCAGGUGAUGGAGGGGCUGAAGGCACAGACCACUGGUAUAAACCUCUGGUGUGGUUUUGGAUCCUACUUGGAUUGGCUUAUUUUGCUUCCAUUCUCACCAUGAUUGGCAACUGGCUACGAGUCCUGUCUAGAAAGACCCGUGCUGAGAUGGAAGGUCUAAGAGCCCAUGCCACUGACUGGACGCAGAACAUCCAGAACAUGUCUGUCGACUUCCGCAUCUCUGGCAAACUGGACGACCCAUUUAAGCGUAGACGGAGAAAGCGUCGCCAUGGUCACCGCAGUCAGGGAAACAGCCAAAGUGCUCAUGGCAAUGUCGGUCAAGGAGAAAACAGGAGACGAGACGACGACUAUUAUGACGACCAAUCUGAAUCUGGAUCUGGAUCCUCAUACUCAUAUACAUCCAAUGAAUCAGACUCGGAUUCUGAGGCAAGCUCAGAAUCAACCCAGACAGAAAAGGUGCCAGACGUGGUUGUGAGGAAAGAAAUAACAGACCCCACAUUCUCACAGCCAUUGGAUUACUUUGGAGAAAAUUUAGCUUAUAUUGAUGAGUCCUCAGAUGCUGUUAGCGGCAAACUUCACCUGGACCCGCUCCUGGACAGGCCCGAAUCUAAAACAGCUGCACUUCACAGGGCUAAGAGGAGACGUCCCAGGAGACCGGCAGGAAAAAAAACACCCAAAACUAGCCCAACCAAACAGCAGCACAUGGCACCCAAUGGAGGAAUUCUAAUAACACCACCCAAUAACACCCCACCUGCUUCACCAGACCAUUAACUAGUGGUCAUCCAUUGUGAGGGAAAGGUGCUCCCUCAGAAGUGCAUUUUAGGGACCGUUGGAUACACUGGUUUACACUUUUCCUGUUGUCAAUGUGUUUGUGCCUGAUUUAAGUAAAAUAUUUUCUGAUGACACAAGGUGGGAACUUAGCCAUCACCCAUGCAUAGACUUCAAAGCUCUUAGCUCCAUCUGCUGGCUGUUUUUGGUGCUGGAUUGCCUUUGUGAUACACAUUCAGUGUAUUCAGCUCUUGUCUCAGUGGCCUUUAACCUGCUUUAAUGCUCUUUACAAUUUCUCAAUUAAACUGUGCACUGUAAUGCACAUUCUCUGCUGUUACAUUCUGAUGCCUAUUACUGACCCAGGAGUUUUAGUCCUUGUGCCUUUUGGUGCCUCACGCUUUUUUUUUCCAUAUGAUAAUUUUUUAAAACUCACCCGGAUGUAAAGAUGACCACACUUAUCAGUGAUUACAUUUUGGAACUAAAAUAAAGCUAAAUUUUAUCUGACAGAAAGACGGUUUGUAUAUAAGAUAAGAAGGUUAUUGAUUUUUUGCCAUUUCUCCUCGGUAGAUCAGUGAUUAAGGCCCUGGGUUACUGAUUGGAAGGUCA